AUGACGCUCUCUCCGCGGCAGUUCCUCAUGCCUGGCUUCGUGGACGUGCACGAGCACGAGCAAAACGCGGAGUCGCGCGCCGUCGAGAAGAAGAAUACUAACCAGGACGAGGCUUUUCAAGCUCGGCGAGCCUCUUACGACUGGCAGACGAUUGCUGCUGUAGCCGCCACAAGCAGCCCCAGCAAGCCGGGACCCGAUGACGUCCACGCUCCGUUCGCGGUCGUGGCGACCGCCGCCCCCGACGACGACUUCGACGUGUCCGCCGAUUUCGACGUGUCUGUGGAAGCCGACGUAGCCGUGGAUGUCGACGUGCCUGAGGAGGACGCCGAGGUGUCCGUUGACGUCGACGUCGACGUUGAAGUGGCCGUCGAUGUUGUGUCGCUAGUCGAGACCUCGCAGUUUGGUACGGUCGUCCCGUCCGAGUAUUGGAAGACCGUCACGUCUUCCACCGUCGUGAUGGACAAGGAGGGUUUAGCCCCAUCGCACGACACAUAG